AUGUCGAGAAAUAGUGUGCAAUACGCUUGUGUAAUCAUCAUUGUAGUAGUGUGCCUCCAUUUGGAAUUUACCAGGGCGCAAUGGAUGGCAACUCUUUUACCAGAAAAAUCAGACAAAUUAGGAAUCCGUCCAGGGGGGCCAAUGUCCCCUAGUUUAUUAUAUGAUUCAAUAACAGAUUCAGAAUUAGAAGACAUUCUGAAACAACUCAACAUAUCGAGCGAUUCAUUCCAAGGAGAUAUUAAACUAAAUCAUAAGCAAAUAAUCGAGCUUCUAGAUUCACUGGAUAUACUACAAAAUGCUCCGCAUUUAAAAGAUACUGCUGAUAUAAAUGGCAAUAUACUAACCUCUCAAGGUUAUGGUCCUAAUGUAAAUGAACUUAUUCGGAAAUAUCAUAAAUUGAGGACUAAGCGUGAUACUAGCUUGCAUCAUAGAGUCAAAAGGAAAUUGAUCAAUGGGGAAAAGUGGAGUUUCCCCAUUAGAUACAGUAUAGAUAAUGUAUAUACGGAAGAACAAAAAGCUGUGAUUAGACAAGCGUUGGAGGAAUGGUCACAAUUAACUUGUGCCAGUUACAUUGAAUCUGCAGAUACAUCACCACCAGCCCUCAAGUUUCAACCAAAUACCGGGUGCCUAUCCCCUGUUGGCGUGACAACGGACGAAGCGAAUGUUGUGUCAUUAGGAUCUGGCUGUGUUACGCUGGCGACGGUUGAACACGAGAUUGGACACUCGAUGGGCUUCUUCCACGAACAAAGCCGUCCUGAUCGAGAUUCCUUCAUCAAUAUCCUCAUCGACAACGUGCAAAGUGACAAAGUCUCUAACUAUAACAAAGAGUCUUACUCAAGGGUAGUGCAGUACAACGUCCAAUAUGAUUUCAGUUCAGUGAUGCAAUAUGAUAAAAGGUCAUUUAGCAGCAAUGGCGACACUGUUAUGACAAGCAAGAACCCAUUAUACGAGAACGUCAUGGGAGCUGAAACUGGGCUGACGUUUUAUGAUGCAAAACUUUUCAACUUCCAUUACUGUGCUGAUCGAUGUGCUGGUUUCAAUCGUCUGACAUGGAGUGAAUGCGAGCAUGACGGUUAUAGAGAUCCAAACGACUGUAGUAAAUGCCGUUGUCCGGACGGUUGGACUGGGGAUACUUGCUCUGAUGUUGCAUCUGGGGUAAAUGCGAUUUGUGGUGGUACUUUAACUGCCGGCUCCACUGAGCAAGAAUUCAACAGUCCUUCAUACCCUACUGGCUACAGCAAAGAUAUGGCUUGUUCAUGGACAAUCACGGCUCCUGAGGGUUAUCAAGUAGUGAGCUAUUUCAGUGGAGAGUUUGGCGUGGAUUGUGUUAGUGAAUCAACAGGAACAUGCGACAGGGACUGGGUAGAGGUUCGAUAUGAAGACCUCAGCUACGUUGGACCACGGUUUUGCUGUGGCACAACUCCUACAACAAGAUUUGUGUCCAGGGAUUCUCAGAUGAUGAUCCUGUUUCGAUCUAACACCAUAUUUGCUGGAGAGACAGCAUUUCCCAACCAGGGAUUCAACAUGAAGUACCACAUACAGCAAAAAACAACAAGUGCUGCAUGUGAAAAGCUUCAGAUAUCAGGUGUGACAUCAACGAAUCAACAAUGGCGAGAGGGAAUGUAUGCGAUACAGGCCAUGAUGUGGAACGAUAAACCAGUCUACAGACACAUGGUAGAGUUGGAAUACCUCUACUACCAGUCGGGAAUGUGGAUUCUUGGACCAACAGUUGGUGAAUCAAGCGGUGGUUUGAUAGUCACGAGUUCUGCUGAUGUCCCCAAUGCUGUGUCCGAAUCCUGGAUGAGUUUUGAUGGUUCAUCGUGGCAACAAGAAGCAAAUGUUGGUGUGUCAUGUGCUAUAUUUUGUGAAAGCAUUUGGCUGAGUGGAGUCGACAGGACAGGGGGCAAUUCAUACCUUCUGGGGCCUUACCUGAAAUCGGGAGAUACUGAUCCACCAAUCUACACACGGAAUACAGAUGCUGGAACAAUUACUUUACAAAUGGCAAACCAAAGAUGGAUAAUUACAACACCUUCAGAAUCCUUCACAUCACCAUUUACAACCACCGAAACCGACCCUACUCAGAUUCCAAACGAUUGGACAGUUACAACUGGUUCGAUACAGUUCACUUGUUACCGUGGCGGCGAACCAUGUAGUACUUUUAUCCUAGAUGGAAGCUCUGAUAACCGCGCAAAUCAAGGAGUGUAUUAUCUCCAAGGUGGUCUUCAUUAUGGACGCCCUGUCUAUAUUCAUGAAACGGGGGAACAUUAUCUUUACCAUUCAUUAGUGGACGAGACAACACGUUUCUGGUACGCCGGGGACUCGAUAGGUGGCUACCCUGGUCUCAGAGUGCCAAGUUCAGCAAUUACCCCAGAGGAAAUUGACAGCAGCGCCAUCUGGCAAACCUAUGCCCCAGACGACCAAGGUUCAUGGGUUUGGACGGAUGUAUCAGGUUUCAGAGCUGAGUGUUACACCAGUUUAGGUAUAGCAGGGGCAUGCCCAACUUUAAACAUCGGUGGUACAAUAACUAGUGACACGCCUCAGUCGGGUAGAUUAGGCCUGUACUUCCUGGAUAGCACCACAUACUCUAAUAGACCGGUCUACGUUAAAGAAGGUGGUUCAAAUUAUCUUUAUUUCCUCACAUCAUCGUCUAAAUGGGUCAUUAGUGGACAAGUGGGGAAUACAGCGUAUGGUAUCCUCAUUGACCAAGCAGUACUCCUACCACAGGAAAUAACGUAUCCUCUACAAGGAUAUGAUGGAAGUUGGGUUGUUAUGGAUGGAAUAUCAAUCUCAUGCUUUGAAGCCUCUGCAAGUUGCCAAGAGCUCACCGUGACCGGUAUAGUGACAGCGUCUUUUCUUAAUGGUAUAUACGUAAACAGAGAUGAAGAUAUCUCCAACAGACCAACUUAUGCCAAUGGAAAUGACGACUAUUUCAUAUACUAUCUACAAGGCAAUUCGCAAUGGGUUUUCGGAGUUUCAGUGGGUCAAAGUUCUUAUUACGGCUAUACAUUUGACUCGGCUGUUGCACCUGAUCUAAUUACAUCGACGUUCAACUUCUAUAACAAUGGAUGGAUUCCCCAAACAGGGAUGAGCAUCAUAUGCAAUGAUGUUAAACCAUGUGAUUCAAAUCCGUGUGGAGAACACUCCACUGGAUGUACCAAUACCGGAGGAGAUACGUACACAUGUUCGUGCCAAAAUGGCUACACCGGAGAUCAAUGCCAAACCAUCGAUGCGUGUGCUGGAAAUCAGUGUCUCAAUCAAGCCACCUGUGUCAUUCAGGAUAGCACUAGCUACAGUUGCUCGUGUAGGGAUGGCUUUGAGGGAGACAUGUGUCAGGUUAAUAUUGAUGAAUGUGUUGGACAUCAGUGCACCAACCAAGGAACGUGCGUAGAUGGUAUAAAUGGCUAUACAUGUAUAUGCCCUGCUGGAUUCUUUGGAUCCUUUUGUAAUAUCCAAGCUGCAGAUACAACCACGCCUAGAGUUGAAGAAACCACAUCUACCGCCCCAAUUGUCGCUACAACUACACAAGCUGUGUCAACAACAACCACACCCCCGGGAACAGCCUGUGGAACUCUUUACAUAGGAGGGACACUAACAUCUAGCACACCACAGGCAUCCAGACUUGGGCUGUAUUUCCUUCAAAGUACAACAUACAAUGACAGGCCCGUAUACAUGCAAGAAGGAGGCGAUAAUUAUCUUUAUUUCAUCAACUCACGUUGGGUUUUAAGUGAUCAAGCUGGGAAGAACUCAUAUGGGAUACUUAUCAAUGAAGACGUCGCCCUACCUCAGGAUAUUACAGCCCCAUUGGAAGGUUACAAUGGAAUCUGGAUAGUUAUGUCUGAUAUAUCGAUAUCUUGUUAUCAAGGAUCAAGUGACUGCCAGGAGCUUACAAUCUCGGGGAUAGAGUCACCUAACUUAGUAGAUCUAAACGGAAUAUUCACCAACCGGAACGACCCACUGUCUAACCGAGCAACAUACACUACAGGAAACUACUACUUAUAUUACUUAGACGCUAGUGGCAAUUGGGUUAUAAGUAACACUGUUGGACAAACUUCGUACUUCGCAUACGUUUUUGAUUCAGCUGUUGCACCUGAAUCUAUUACGUUAGAUUGGACUGUCUACAACAAUGGAUGGGUACCCCAGCCAAGUCUAACUAUUGAAUGUAAUGAUGCGUUACCGUGUGAAUCUAAUCCUUGUGGAGAACAUUCCACAGGGUGUUCCAACACAGGGGGUGGUUCCUUCCAGUGUACCUGCACAACUGGGUUCACAGGUGAGGAGUGUCAAACCAAUAUAAAUGAUUGUGAAGAUCAUUCCUGUUUGAAUCAAGCGACGUGUGUAGAUGGAAUAGAUAAGUAUACUUGUUCAUGUCUAACAGGGUUUACUGGAGACAAAUGUGAGACCAACAUUGAUGACUGCAGAAAUAAUCAAUGCCAGAAUGGAGCUACUUGUGUAGAUGGAGUAAAUGAUUAUACUUGUUCAUGUCUAACAGGGUUUACUGGAGCCAGAUGUGAGACCAAUAUUGAUGAUUGCGUAAAUAAUCAAUGCCAGAAUGGAGCUACUUGUGUGGAUGGAGUAAAUGAUUAUACUUGUUCGUGUCUAACAGGGUUUACUGGAGACAGAUGUGAGACCAACAUUGAUGAUUGCGUAAAUAAUCAAUGCCAGAACGGAGCUACCUGUGUGGAUGGAGUAAAUGAUUAUACUUGUUCGUGUCUAACAGGGUUUACUGGAGACAGAUGUGAGACCAAUAUUGAUGACUGCAGAAAUAAUCAAUGCCAGAAUGGAGCUACUUGUGUGGAUGGAGUAAAUGAUUAUACUUGUUCUUGUCUAACAGGGUUUACUGGAGACAGAUGUGAGACCAAUAUUGAUGACUGCAGAAAUAAUCAAUGCCAGAAUGGAGCUACUUGUGUAGAUGGAGAAAAUGAUUAUACUUGUUCGUGUCUAACAGGGUUUACUGGAGACAGAUGUGAGACCAACAUUGAUGACUGCAGAAAUAAUCAAUGCCAGAAUGGAGCUACUUGUGUGGAUGGAGUAAAUGAUUAUACUUGUUCAUGUCUAACAGGGUUUACUGGAGACAGAUGUGAGACCAACAUUGAUGACUGCAGAAAUAAUCAAUGCCAGAAUGGAGCUACUUGUGUAGAUGGAGUAGAUGAUUAUACUUGUUCGUGUCUAACAGGGUUUACUGGAGACAGAUGUGAGACCAACAUUGAUGACUGCAGAGAUAAGCAAUGCCAGAAUGGAGCUACUUGUGUGGAUGCAGUAAAUGAUUAUACUUGUUCAUGUCUAACAGGGUUUACUGGAGACAGAUGUGAGACCAACAUUGAUGACUGCAGAAAUAAUCAAUGCCAGAAUGGAGCUUCUUGUGUAGAUGGAGUAGAUGAUUAUACUUGUUCGUGUCUAACAGGGUUUACUGGAGACAGAUGUGAGACCAACAUUGAUGACUGCAGAGAUAAGCAAUGCCAGAAUGGAGCUACUUGUGUGGAUGCAGUAAAUGAUUAUACUUGUUCAUGUCUAACAGGGUUUACUGGAGACAGAUGUGAGACCAACAUUGAUGACUGCAGAAAUAAUCAAUGCCAGAAUGGAGCUACUUGUGUAGAUGGAGUAGAUGAUUAUACUUGUUCAUGUCUAACAGGGUUUACUGGAGACAGAUGUGAGACCAACAUUGAUGACUGCAGAGAUAAGCAAUGCCAGAAUGGAGCUACUUGUGUGGAUGCAGUAAAUGAUUAUACUUGUUCAUGUCUAACAGGGUUUACUGGAGACAGAUGUGAGACCAACAUUGAAGAUUGCGUAAAUAAUCAAUGCCAGAAUGGAGCUUCUUGUGUGGAUGGAGUAAAUGAUUAUACUUGUUCGUGUCUAACAGGGUUUACUGGAGAUAGAUGUGAGACCAACAUUGAUGAUUGCGUAAAUCAUCAAUGUCAGAACGGAGCUACUUGUGUAAAUGGAGUAAAUGAUUAUACUUGUUCAUGUCUAACAGGGUUUACUGGAGACAGGUGUGGGACCAACAUUGAUGAUUGCGUAAAUAAUCAAUGCCAGAAUGGAGCUACUUGUGUAGAUGGAGUAAAUGAUUAUACUUGUUCGUGUCUAACAGGGUUUACUGGAGACAGAUGUGAGACCAAUAUUGAUGACUGCAGAAAUAAUCAAUGCCAGAAUGGAGCUACUUGUGUAGAUGGAGAAAAUGAUUAUACUUGUUCGUGUCUAACAGGGUUUACUGGAGACAGAUGUGAGACCAACAUUGAUGAUUGCGUAAAUAAUCAAUGCCAGAAUGGAGCUACUUGUGUGGAUGGAGUAAAUGAUUAUACUUGUUCAUGUCUGACAGGGUUUACUGGAGACAGAUGUGAGACCAAUAUUGAAGAUUGCGUAAAUAAUCAAUGCCAGAAUGGAGCUACUUGUGUGGAUGGAGUAGAUGAUUAUACUUGUUCGUGUCUAACAGGGUUUACUGGAGAUAGAUGUGAGACCAAUAUUGAUGAUUGCGUAAAUCAUCAAUGUCAGAACGGAGCUACUUGUGUAGAUGGAGUAGAUGAUUAUACUUGUUCAUGUCUAACAGGGUUUACUGGAGACAGAUGUGAGACCAACAUUGAUGAUUGCGUAAAUAAUCAAUGCCAGAAUGGAGCUACUUGUGUAGAUGGAGUAGAUGAUUAUACUUGUUCAUGUCUAACAGGGUUUACUGGAGACAGAUGUGAGACCAAUAUUGAAGAUUGCGUAAAUAAUCAAUGCCAGAACGGAGCUACCUGUGUGGAUGCAGUAGAUGAUUAUACUUGUUCGUGUCUAACAGGGUUUACUGGAGACAGAUGUGAGACCAACAUUGAUGAUUGCGUAAAUAAUCAAUGCCAGAAUGGAGCUACUUGUGUAGAUGGAGUAAAUGAUUAUACUUGUUCAUGUCUAACAGGGUUUACUGGAGACAGAUGUGAGACCAAUAUUGAAGAUUGCGUAAAUAAUCAAUGCCAGAAUGGAGCUACUUGUGUGGAUGGAGUAGAUGAUUAUACUUGUUCGUGUCUAACAGGGUUUACUGGAGAUAGAUGUGAGACCAAUAUUGAUGAUUGCGUAAAUCAUCAAUGUCAGAACGGAGCUACUUGUGUAGAUGGAGUAGAUGAUUAUACUUGUUCAUGUCUAACAGGGUUUACUGGAGACAGAUGUGAGACCAAUAUUGAAGAUUGCGUAAAUAAUCAAUGCCAGAAUGGAGCUACUUGUGUGGAUGGAGUAAAUGAUUAUACUUGUUCAUGUCUAACAGGGUUUACUGGAGACAGAUGUGAGACCAACAUUGAAGAUUGCGUAAAUAAUCAAUGCCAGAAUGGAGCUACUUGUGUAGAUGGAGUAAAUGAUUAUACUUGUUCGUGUCUAACAGGGUUUACUGGAGACAGAUGUGAGACCAACAUUGAUGAUUGCGUAAAUAAUCAAUGCCAGAAUGGAGCUACUUGUGUGGAUAGAGUAAAUGAUCAUACUUGUUCAUGUCUAACAGGGUUUACUGGAGACAGAUGUGAGACCAACAUUGAUGAUUGCAUAAAUAAUCAAUGCCAGAAUGGAGCUACUUGUGUGGAUAGAGUAAAUGAUUAUACUUGUUCAUGUCUAACAGGGUUUACUGGAGACAGAUGUGAGACCAACAUUGAUGAUUGCAUAAAUAAUCAAUGCCAGAAUGGAGCUACUUGUGUGGAUAGAGUAAAUGAUUAUACUUGUUCGUGUCUAACAGGGUUUACUGGAGACAGAUGUGAGACCAAUAUUGAUGACUGCAGAAAUAAUCAAUGCCAGAAUGGAGCUACUUGUGUGGAUGGAGUAAAUGAUUAUACUUGUUCUUGUCUAACAGGGUUUACUGGAGAUAGAUGUGAGACCAACAUUAAUGAUUGCGUAAAUCAUCAAUGUCAGAACGGAGCUACUUGUUUGGAUGGAGUAGAUGAUUAUUCUUGUUCGUGUCCAUUUGGUUUCACUGGUGACAGAUGUCAUCGUAGCCCUACAACAAUGGUGCCUACUGUUCCAAGUAGUCUCCCAACAACCACAACUAAUACACCAUCUAUUCCCUCAAGUGUACCAAAUUUAACAACCAAUUCGCAAACUGUUCUUACAACAACUCCAGAUAGAGAAACAACUGUUUUUAUUACUACAAUUCCGUCCCAGACCACAAUCCCGUUAGGGUGCAAGUAUGGUGACAAAUUUUAUAGUCCUGGUGAAGAUAUACCAGAAGCCUCUGGGCAACAGGACAAUUGGUGUUAUGGUGCACGUUGCACAAUUGAUGGGCAGAUUGAACAAUGGGAUGAUUUCAACUGUGGUCCAAAAACAACAAUACCAACAACUGUUUUAACUACUGUGCAAACUUUUGUUCCGAGAACUACAACCGAUUCACCAACUGUUGAAACAACUAGACCAACAGAUAUAACCCAUUCGCCAAGUGUUCCAACAAGUGUGCAAACUCUAGAGCCGAAAACUACAACCAAUUCACCAACUAUUCCAACAAAUAUACCAACAGAUACAACCCAUUCGCCAUCUUUCGGACCUAAAACUACAACCAAGUCCCCACCUGUUCCAACAAGUAGACCAACAUAUACGACCCACUCAUCAACUGUACCAACUAGUGAACCAACUUAUGUCCCGAGAACUACAACCAAUUCACCAACUGUUGAAACAACUAGGCCAACAGAUAUAACCCAUUCGCCAAAUGUUCAAACUAGUGUGCAAACUCUCGAGCCGAAAACUACAACCAAUUCACCAAAUGUCCGAACAAGUAUACCAACAGAUAUAACCCAUUCGCAAACUGAUCAAACUAGUGGGCAAACUGUCGGACCGAAAACUACACCCAAUUCAUCGACUGUUCCAACAGGUAGAACAACAGAUACGACCCACUCACCAACUGUACCAAUAAGUGUGUCAACUUAUGUACCUAGAACUACAACCAAUUCAGCAACUGUUCGAACACGUAGACAAACAGAUACAACCCACUCGCCAACUGUUUCAAGUAGUGUGCCAACUCAUGUACCGAAAACUACAACUAACCAAUCAACUGUCCAAACAACUAAAUCAACUAUUCAACCAACGGAAUUGCCAGAAGGUUCUGGAUUUGAAAAUGAAUUUGACAGUUUGAUUCUUGCAAAUGUUACUAUUUUCACCUCUAAUCAAAAAGACAGUAACCCAAGUGCAGUUGUAUGGACUCCUGGAAAUGAAGAGAGUUGGACCCCAAAGGUUCCAAUAAACUCUACCGAGCCGCUACCAUAUCUCAGAAUUGAUGUUUCUGAACAUGUUGAUUUAAUACGAUUCUUAGAACCAACCAAAGUAGUUAUAUAUCAUCAGGACACUCUACAGCAAGUUGCUAUAUCCCGAUUCCCUCCAGGUUUAAAUUGGGAAUCUCAUUUUAUCAUAAACGUAACGAGUGACCCAAUUAGCAUAGACCCAAAGACUUUUUACAAUAUAGAUAAGGUGGUAUACAUUGUACCAGUUCAGCCAGCAAGUAAUAUUAAAAUGUACAAGAUUAACAUGCAGAUACUUGUAAAGCAAAUCAAUGACUCUGAAUCUGGAGAGUUAUCAGAAAGUAAUCCUGGAGCAGUUGUAUGGACACAGGAUAACAAGGAUAGUUGGACUCCUCAAGUACCUAGAGAUAGUUCAGAUCCAUUGCCUUUCUUAAGAAUCGGUGCAACAUUCCAUGAAGAGUAUCUUCGAUCCUUUAGGCCAACCAAAAUAGUCUUAUAUCACCAGAAUACAUUGCAUGUUGUUGCAAUUUCAAGUACACCCCCAGGACCAAAUUGGGAACCAGAUAUGAUUGCUGAUGUCACAACUGAUCCAUUCAUUAUUAAUCCAAGAAAAUUGUUCCAUAUCAACAAGGUUGUGUAUAUUGUGCCUCUACGAGCUCCAUAUGGAGUUGAUAUGUACAGGAUAGACAUGCAAGUUAUAGUUGUAGAGAUUCAAGAUGGACAGUCUGGUGAUUCCAGUUCAGGUGAUAUUGCAAGUGGAUCAGGCUCAGACGAUAUGGAGCCAUUUGACAUUUUGAUAAAGGCAGAUCCCUCUAUCUUCUCAUCGAACCAGAUGUCUAGUAAUCCUAGUGAAGUUGUGUGGAGACCAGAUAACAAGGAUAGUUGGACUCCUCAAGUACCAAGAGAUAGUACAGAUCCGUUGCCUUUCUUGAGAAUUGAUGCAAAACUCCAUGAAGAAUAUAUAGAAUUCAUUAAGCCAACAAAGAUAAUCAUAUAUCAUCAGAACACAGUGCUUACUGUAGCAAUUUCAUGUACACCUCCAGGACCAAAUUGGGAACCAGAUAUGAUUGCUGAUGUCACAAGCGAUCCAUUCAUCAUUGAUCCAAAAAAAUUAUUCCAUAUUAACAAGGUUGUGUAUAUUGUACCAUUACGAGCUCCAUAUGGAGUUGAUAUGUACAAGAUAGACAUGCAAAUAAUAGUUGUACAGAUUCAAGAUGGACAAUCUGGAGAUUUUGGUUCGGGUGAUAUUUCAAGUGGAUCUGGUUUGGAUGAUAUUGGGCAAUUUGACAUUUUGAUGAAGGCAGAUCCCUCCAUUUUUUACUCAAACCAGAUGUACAGUAAUCCUAGUGAAGUUGUUUGGACAAAAGAUAACAAGGAUAGUUGGACUCCUCAAGUACCUAGAGAUAGUUCAGAUCCAUUGCCUUUUUUGCGAAUUGAUGCAACAUUCCAUGGAGAGUAUCUUCGAUCAUUUAGGCCAACCAAAAUAGUCUUAUAUCACCAGAAUACAUUGCGCACUGUUGCAAUUUCAAGUGCACCUCCAGGACCAAAUUGGGAACCAGAUAUGAUUGCUGAUGUCACAAGUGAUCCUUUCAUCAUUGAUCCAAGAAGAUUAUUCCAUAUUAACAAGGUUGUGUAUAUUGUACCUUUACGAGCUCCCUAUGGAGUUGAUAUGUACAAGAUAGACAUGCAAGUUAUAGUUGUAGAGAUUCAAGAUGGACAGUCUGGUGAUUCCGGUUCAGGUGAUAUUGCAAGUGGAUCUGGCUCAGACGAUAUGGAGCCAUUUGACAUUUUGAUAAAGGUAGAUCCCUCUAUCUUCUCAUCUAACCAGAUGUAUAGUAAUCCUAAUGAAGUCGUUUGGACACAAGAUAACAAGUAUAGUUGGACUCCCCAAGUACCAAGAGAUAUUUCAGAUCCAUUGCCUUUCUUGCGAAUUGAUGGAAUAUUACAUGAAAAUUUUUUACGAUCAAUAAGGCCAACAAAAAUAGUCAUAUACCACCAGAACACAUUGCGGGCUCUUGCAAUUUCAAGUACAGCUCCGGGAGCAUAUUGGGAACCAGAUAUGAUUGCUGAUGUAAUAAGUGAUCCAUUAAUCAUAAAUCCGAGAAAGUUGUUCCAUAUUAACAAGGUUGUGUAUAUUGUACCUUUACGAGCUCCAUAUGGAGUUGAUAUGUACAAGAUAGACAUGCAAAUAAUGGUUUUAGAAGUCCAAGAUGGACAGUCUGGAAAUUUUGGUUCAGGUGAUGUUGCAAGUGGAUCUGGUUUGGACGAUAUGGAGCUAUUUGACAUUUUGAUAAAGGCAGAUCCCUCCAUUUUUUACUCAAACCAGAUGUAUAGUAAUCCUAGUGAAGUUGUUUGGACAAAAGACAACAAGGAUAGUUGGACUCCUCAAGUACCCAGAGAUAGUUCAGAUCCAUUGCCUUUCUUGCGAAUUGAUGCAACAUUCCACGAAAGGUAUAUUCGAUCCUUUAGGCCAACCAAAAUAGUCUUAUAUCACCAGAAUACAUUGCAUACUGUUGCAAUUUCAAGUACACCCCCAGGACCUAAUUGGGAACCAGAUAUGAUUGCUGAUGUCACAAGUGAUCCAUUCAUCAUUGAUCCAAGAAAAUUGUUCCAUAUUAACAAGGUUGUGUAUAUUGUACCUUUACGAGCUCCAUAUGCAGUUGAUAUGUACAAGAUAGACAUGCAAAUCAUGGCUUUAGAAAUUCAAGGACAGUCUGGAGAUUUUGGUUCAGGUGAUGUUUCAAGUGGAUCUGGUUUAGACGAUAUGGAGCCAUUUGACAUUUUGAUAAAGGCAGAUCCCUCUAUCUUCUCAUCUAACCAGAUGUAUAGUAAUCCUAAUGAAGUUGUUUGGACGCGAAAUAACAAGUAUAGUUGGACUCCUCAAGUACCUAGAGAUAGUUCAGAUCCAUUGCCUUUCUUGCGAAUUGAUGGAAUAUUACAUGAAGAUUUUUUACGAUCAGUAAGGCCAACAAAAAUAGUCAUAUACCACCAGAACACAUUGCGGGCUCUUGCAAUUUCAAGUACAGCCCCAGGAGCAUAUUGGGAACCAGAUAUGAUUGCUGAUGUAAUAAGUGAUCCAUUCAUCAUCAAUCCCAGAAAGUUGUUCCAUGUUGACAAGGUUGUGUAUAUUGUACCUUUACGAGCUCCAUAUGGAGUUGAUAUGUACAAGAUAGAUAUGCAAGUAAUAGUUGUAGAAAUUCAAGAUGCGCAGUCUGGAGAUUUUGGUUCAGGUGACAUUUCAAGUGGAUCUGGUUCAGACGAUACGGAGCCAUUUGACAUUUUGAAAAAUGCAGAUCCCUUUAUUUUCUCAUCUAACCAGAUGUAUAGUAAUCCUAGUGAAGUUGUGUGGACAGCAGAUAACAAGGAUAGUUGGACUCCUCAAGUACCUAGAGAGAGUUCAGAUCCAUUGCCUUUCUUGCGAAUUGAUGGAACAUUCCAUGAAGAGUAUCUUCGAUCAUUUAGGCCAACCAAAAUAGUCUUAUAUCACCAGAAUACAUUGCAUACUUUUGCAAUUUCAAGUACACCCCCAGGACCUAAUUGGGAACCAGAUAUGAUUGCUGAUGUCACAAGUGAUCCAUUCAUCAUUGAUCCAAGAAAAUUGUAUCAUAUCAACAAUGUUAUGUUUAUUGUACCUUUACGAGCUCAAUAUGGAGUUGAUAUGUACAAGAUAGACAUGCAAAUUAUGGUAGUAGAAAUUCAAGAUGGACAGUCUGGAGAUUUUGGUUCAGGUGACAUUUCAAGUGGAUCUGGUUUAGAUGAUAUGGAGCCAUUUGACAUUUUGAUAAAGGCAGAUCCCUCCAUUUUUUACUCAAACCAGAUGUAUAGUAAUCCUAGUGAAGUUGUUUGGACAAAAGAUAACAAGGAUAGUUGGACUCCUCAAGUACCUAGAGAGAGUUCAGAUCCAUUGCCUUUCCUGCGAAUUGAUGCAACAUUCAAUGAAGAGUAUCUUCGAUCAUUUAGGCCUACCAAAAUAGUCUUAUAUCACCAGAAUACAUUGCAUACUGUUGCAAUUUCAAGUACACCCCCAGGACCUAAUUGGGAACCAGAUAUGAUUGCUGAUGUCAGAAGUAAUCCAUUCAUCAUUGAUCCAAGAAAAUUGUUCCAUAUCAACAAGGUUAUGUUUAUUGUACCUUUACGAGCUCCAUAUGGAGUUGAUAUGUACAAGAUAGACAUGCAAAUUAUGGUAGUAGAAAUUCAAGAUGGACAGUCUGGAGAUUUUGGUUCAGGUGAUGUUUCAAGUGGAUCUGGUUUAGACGAUAUGGAGCCAUUUGACAUUUUGAUAAAGGCAGAUCCCUCUAUCUUCUCAUCCAACCAGAUGUAUAGUAGUCCUAAUGAAGUCGUUUGGACAGCAGAUAACAAGGAUAGUUGGACUCCUCGAGUACCCAGAGAUAGUCAAGAUCAAUUGCCUUUCUUGAGAAUUGAUGCAACAUUCAACAAAGAAUUUUUACGAUCAAUUAGGCCAACCAAAAUAGUCAUAUAUCACCAGAACACAUUGCAUGUUGUUGCAAUUUCAAGUACACCCCCUGGACCAAAUUGGGAACCAGAUAUGAUUGCUGAUGUCAUAAGUGACCCAUUCAUCAUUGACCCAAGAAAGUUGUUCCAUAUCAACAAGAUUAUGUAUAUUGUACCUUUACGAGCUCCAUAUGGAGUUGAUAUGUACAAGAUAAACAUGCAAAUUAUGGCUGUAAAAGUCCAAGAUGGACAGUCUGGAGAUUUAGGUUCAGGUGAGGUUGCAAGUGGAUCUGGUUUGAUCGACAUGGAUCGAUUUGACAUUUUGAUAAAAGCAGAUCCCUCUAUCUUCACAUCUAACCAGAUGUUUAGUAAUCCUAGUGAUGUUAUUUGGACACCAGAUAACAAGGAUAGUUGGACUCCUCGAGUACCAAGAGAGAGUUCAGAUCCAUUGCCUUUCUUGCGAAUUGAUGCAAUAUUCCAUGAAGAUUCUUUACGAUCAAUCAGGCCAACAAAAAUAGUCAUAUACCACCAGAAUACACUGCGUGCUGUUGCAAUAUCAAGUACACCCCCAGGACCAAAUUGGGAACCAGAUAUGAUUGCUGAUGUCACAAGUGAUCCAUUCAUCAUUGAUCCAAGGAAAUUGUUCCAUAUCAACAAGAUUAUGUUUAUUGUACCUUUACGAGCUCUAUAUGGAGUUGAUAUGUACACGAUAGACAUGCAAAUAAUUGUUGUAAAAGUCCAAGAUGGACAGUCUGGAGAUUUUGGGUCAGGUGAUGUUGCAAGUGGAUCUGGUUCAGGCGAUAUGGAAUCAUUUGACAUUUUGAUAAAGGCAGAUCCCUCUAUUUUCUCAUCUAACCAGAUGUAUAGUAAUCCAAGUGAAGUUGUGUGGACAGCAGAUAACAAGGAUAGUUGGACACCUCAAGUGCCUAGAGAGAGUUCAGAUCCAUUGCCUUUCUUGAGAAUUGACGCGAAAUUCCAUGAAGAAUAUCUACAGUCCAUCAGGCCAACGAAAAUAGUCAUAUACCACCAGAACACAUUGCAUGUUGUUGCAAUUUCAAGUACACCUCCAGGACCAAAUUGGGAACCAGAUAUGAUAGCUGAUGUCACAAGUGACCCAUUCAUCAUCGAUCCAAGAAAAUUGUUCCAUAUUAACAAGGAUGUGUAUAUUGUACCUUUACGAGCUCCAUAUGGAGUUGAUAUGUACAGAAUAGACAUGCAGAUUAUGGUUCAGGAGAAAGAAGAUUAUGAAUCAUCCAAGGAAUUUUCUGGAGAAAGUGGAUCAGGGAUAUCUGGAUCUGGCCCCAUAAAAAGCAAUUCUGGUGAGGAAUCAGGAGAUACUGAUGAUCAAUUGGCCAUGGUCCCAUAUGAUAUUUUAACUGCUAUUAACAUUAGCUUGUCUUCAAACCAAGAAGAUAGCAAUUAUAAUGCAAUACUUUUUGAGUCCAUGAAUCCAAUAAGUUGGACCCCAAAAGUACCAAUAAAUAGUACUAAUCCAGAAGAGCUUCCAUAUGUUGGAAUAAGUGUUUCAGAAACUGUACCAACAGCUACAAUAACAUCUAUUAUAAUACAUCAUAAAAGAACAUUGCUAGAGGUUGCCCUAUCGAGUUCUCCACCAAGUUCAAUCUGGGGUCCAGAAUUUGUUUCCAAUGUUACAAGUGAUCCAUUUGAAAUUGAUGCAUCUGAGAUUAAUGCAUCACUUUUUGAUUUCCUAUUGCAAAAUAAAAUCCGCAAAAGGAGAGACACAAGUAGUUCAGAGGCUGGAUUUUAUAUUGUACCAAUAAGAGCUGCUCAUGGAGUAACAAGUUAUGAAAUUGAUUUGCAAUUGUUGGUAACAAUUGAUGACCAAAGUGAAAUUACUGAUUCUUCGGGAGAUGCAGAAGGAUCUUUAUUAGAGUCUGGAAGUGGAUCUGGAUCUGCAGAGGGAUCAACAUUAGAGUCUGGAAGUGCGUCUGCAUCUGGAGAAGGAUCUGCAUUGGAGUCUGGAAGUGCAUCUGGAUCUGAAGAAAGACCUGCAUUAGAGUCUGGAAGUGCAUCUGGAUCUAAAGAAGGAUCUGCAUUAGAGUCUGAAAGUGGAUCUGGAUCUGAAGAAAGAUCUGCAUUAGAGUCUGGAAGUGCAUCUGGAUCUGGAGAAGGAUCUGCAUUAGAGUCUGGAAGUGCAUCUGGAUCUGGAGAAGAAUCUGCAUUAGGGUCUGGAAGUGCGUCUGGAUCUCCAGAAGGAUCAGCGUUAGAAUCUGGAAGUCCAUUAGGAUCUGAAGAAGGAUCUGCAUUAGAGUCUGGAAGUGCAUCUGGAUCUGCAGAGGGAUCAGCAUUAGAGUCUGGAAGUGCACCUGGAUCUGGAGAAGGAUCUGCAUUAGAGUCUGGAAGUGCAUCUGGAUCUGGAGAAGGAUCAGCAUUAGAGUCUGGAAGUGCAUCUGCAUCUGAAGAAGGAUCUGCAUUAGAGUUUGGAAGUGCAUCUGGAGAAGGAUCCGCAUUAGAGUCUGGAAGUGUAUCUGCAUCUGGAAAAGGAUCCGCAUUAGAGUCUGGAAUUGCAUCUGGAUCUGGAGAAGGAUCUGCAUUAGAGUCUGGAAGUGCACCUGGAUCUGGGGAAGGAUCUGCAUUAGAGUCUGGAAGUGGAUCUGGAUCUGGAGGAAGAUCCGCAUUAGAGUCUGGAAGUGCAUCUGGAUCUGGAGAAGGAUCUGCAUUAGAGUCUGGAAGUGCAUCUGGAUCUGGGGAAGGAUCUGCAUUAGAGUCUGGAAGUGGAUCUGGAUCUGGAGGAAGAUCCGCAUUAGAGUCUGGAAGUGCAUCUGGAUCUGGAGAAGGAUCAGCAUUAGAGUCCGGAAGUGCAUCUAGAUCUGGGGAAGGAUCUGCAUUAGAGUCUGGAAGUGCAUCUGGAUCUGGAGAAGGAUCUGCAUUAGAAUCUGGAAGUGCAUCUCGAUCUGGGGAAGGAUCUGCAUUAGAGUCUGGAAGUGCAUCUGGAUCUGGAGAAGGAUCUGCAUUAGAAUCUGAAAGUGCAUCUGGAUCUGGGGAAGGAUCUGCAUUAGAGUCUGGAAGUGCAUCUCGAUCUGGAGAAGGAUCUGCAUUAGAAUCUGGAAGUGCAUCUGGAUCUGGGGAAAGAUCUGCAUUAGAAUCUGGAAGUGCAUCUGUAUCUGGGGAAAUAUCUGCAUUAGAUUCUGGAAGUGCGUCUGGAUCUGCAGAAGGAUCUGCAUUAGAAUCUGGAAGUGGAUCUGGAGAAAGAUCUGCAUUAGAGUCUGGAAGUGGAUCUGAAGAAAGAUCUGCAUUAGAGUCUGGAAGUGCAUUUGCUUCUGGAGAAGGAUCAGCAUUGGAGUCUGGAAGUGCAUCUGGAUCUGGAGAAGGAGAUACAUUAGAAUCUGGAAGUGGAUCUGGAUCUGGAGAAGGAUCUGCAUUAGAGUCUGGAAGUAAUUCUGGUGAGGAAUCAGGAGAUACUGAUGAUCAAUUGGACAUGGUCCCAUAUGAUAUCUUAACUGCUAUUAACAUUAGCUUGUCUUCAAACCAAGAAGAUAGCAAUUAUAAUGCCAUACUUUUUGAGUCCAUGAAUCCAAUGAGUUGGACCCCAAAAGUACCAAUAAAUAGUACUAAUCCAGAAGAGCUUCCAUAUGUUGGAAUAAGUGUUUCAGAAACUGUACCAACAGCUACAAUAACAUCUAUUAUAAUACAUCAUAAAAGAACAUUGCUAGAGGUUGCCCUAUCGAGUUCUCCACCAAGUUCAAUCUGGGGUCCAGAAUUUGUUUCCAAUGUUACAAGUGAUCCAUUUGAAAUUGAUGCAUCUGAGAUUAAUGCAUCACUUUUUGAUUUCCUAUUGCAAAAUAAAAUCCGCAAAAGGAGAGACACAAGUAGUUCAGAGGCUGGAAUUCAUAUUGUACCAUUAAGAGCUGCUCCUGGAGUAACAAAGUAUGAAAUUGAUUUGCAAUUGUUCGUAACAAUUGAUGACCAAAGUGAAAUAACUGAUUCUUCAGGAGAAGGAUCUGCAUUAGAGUCUGGAAGUGGAUCCGGGUCUGGAGAAGGAUCUGCAUUAGAGUCUGGAAGUGCCUCUGGAUCUGGAGAAGGAUCUGCAUUAGAGUCUGGAAGUGCAUCUGGAUCUGGAGAAGGAUCUGCAUUAGAGUCUGGAAGUGCAUCUGCAUCUAGAGAAGGAUCCGCAUUAGAGUCUGGAAGUGCAUCUGGAUCAGGAGAAGGAUCCGCAUUAGAGUCUGGAAGUGCAUCUGGAUCUGGAGAAGGAUCUGCAUUAGAGUCUGGAAGUGCAUCUGGAUCUGGAGAAGGAUCAGCAUUAGAGUCUGGAAGUGCAUCUGCAUCUGGAGAAGGAUCAGCAUUAGCGUCUGGAAGUGCAUCUGGAUCAGGAGAAGGAUCCGCAUUAGAGUCUGGAAGUGCAUCUGAAUCUGGAGAAGGAUCCGCAUUAGAGUCUACAAGUGCAUCUGGAUCUGGAGAAGGAUCCGCAUUAGAGUCUGGAAGUGCAUCUGGAUCUGGAGAAGGAUCCGCAUUAGAGUCUGGAAGUGCAUCUGGAUCAGGAGAAGGAUCCGCUUUAGAGUCUGGAAGUGCAUCUGGAGAAGGAUCCGCAUUAGAGUCUGGAAGUGCAUCUGGAUCAGGAGAAGGAUCCGCUUUAGAGUCUGGAAGUGCAUCUGCAUCUGGAGAAGGAUCAGCAUUAGAGUCUGGAAGUGCAUCUGCAUCUGGAGAAGGAUCAGCAUUAGAGUCUGGAAGUGCAUCUGCAUCUGGAGAAGGAUCCGCAUUAGAGUCUGGAAGUGCAUCUCUAUCUGGAGAAGGAUCAGCAUUAGAGUCUGGAAGUGGAUCUGGAGAAGGAUCAGCAUUAGAGUCUGGAAGUGGAUCUGGAUCUGGAGAAGGAUCAGCAUUAGAGUCUGGAAGUGCAUCUGGAUCAGGAGAAGGAUCUGCAUUAGAGUCUGGAAGUGCGUCUGGAUCUGCAGAAGGAGAUGCAUUAGAAUCUGGAAGUGGAUCUGGAUCUGGAGAAGGAUCCGGAUUAGAGUCUGGAAGUGCAUCUGGAUCUGGAGAAGGAUCUGCAUUAGUGUCUACAAGUGCAUCUGGAUCUGGAGAAGGAUCAGCAUUAGAGUCUGGAAGUGCGUCUGCAUCUGGAGAAGGAUCCGCAUUAGAGUCUGGAAGUGGAUCCGGGUCUGGAGAAGGAUCUGCAUUAGAGUCUGGAAGUGCGUCUGCAUCUGGAGAAGUAUCCGCAUUGGAGUCUGGAAGUGCAUCUGGAGAAGGAUCCGCAUUAGAGUCUACAAGUGCAUCUGGAUCUGGAGAAGGAUCCGCAUUAGAGUCUGGAAGUGGAUCAGGAUCUGGGGAAGGAUCAGCAUUAGAGUCUGGAAGUGCAUCUGGAUCUGGAGAAGGAUCUGCAUUAGAGUCUGGAAGUGCAUCCGGAUCUGGAGAAGGAUCAGCAUUGGAGUCUGGAAGUGGAUCUGGAUCUGGAGAAGGAUCAGCAUUGGAGUCUGGAAGUGCAUCUGGAUCUGGACAAGGAUCAGCAUUGGAGUCUGGAAGUGCAUCUGGAUCUGGAGAAGGAUCAGCAUUGGAGUCUGGAAGUAGAUCUGGAUCUGGAGAAGGAUCAGAAUUGGAGUCUGGAAGUGCAUCUGGAUCUGGAGAAGGAUCCGCAUUAGAGUCUGGAAGUGCAUCUGGAUCUGGAGAAGGAUCAGCAUUGGAGUCUGGAAGUGGAUCUGGAUCUGGAGAAGGAUCAGCAUUGGAGUCUGGAAGUGGAUCUGGAGAAGGAUCAGCAUUGAAGUCUGGAAGUGCAUCUGGAUCUGGAGAAGGAUCCGCAUUAGAGUCUGGAAGUGCAUCUGGAUCUGGAGAAGGAUCAGCAUUAGAGUCUGGAAGUGGAUCUGGAUCUGGAGAAGUAUCAGCAUUGGAGUCUGGAAGUGCAUCUGGAUCUGGAGAAGGAUCAGCAUUAGAGUCUGGAAGUGCAUCUGGAUCUGGAGAAGGAUCCGCAUUAGAGUCUGGAAGUGCAUCUGGAUCUGGAGAAGGAUCAGCAUUAGAGUCUGGAAGUGGAUCUGGAUCUGGAGAAGGAUCAGCAUUGGAGUCUGGAAGUGCAUCUAGUGACCUAUCAGGAAGUGGAUCUGGUUCAGCGUUUGUUGAAUUUGACAUACUGCAAUUUGUUGAUACCACACUCUUCUCUUCUAACCAGAUGGACAGUAAUCCUUCCCUUGUUGUAUAUCCAGAAGACAAUAUUGACAGCUGGACUCCCACUGUACCAUUUGAUAGUAGUGUUGACCCUUUGCCAUAUCUUGGCAUUAAUAUUUCACACAUAUUUGGAACCUUUUAUGUUCCCACUAAACUUAUUGUAUAUCACUACGACACCCUCCUAGCUCUAGGAGUAUCUACGUCACUUCCUGAGCGAAGGUGGAAGCCUGAUUUCACGGUCGAAAUCACCAGUGAUCCCUCUGAAAUUAACAUUGAACAAUACAACAUCGAUGAAGUGCUAUAUCUUGUGCCAUUGCUUGGAAACACUGGCAUAGAUACUUACCGUAUUGAUGUACAGCUUAUGGUCAAUUCGACUGGUGUUGAACCGCCCGAUGAUAGCUGCGAUUGCCCUGAGCAUGCCUAUUGUAUACAAGGAACAUGCAUAUGUGAAGAAGGAUACACAGGAGCUGAUUGUGACGAAGAUGUCAACGAAUGUCUCAUAAGUAAUGGAUACUGUGAUCACGUGUGCACAAACCGUUACGGCAGCUACGAUUGUAGUUGCCAUAUUGGUUAUAAACUUGCUGACGAUGAAAUCUCUUGCAGAAGAGGGGGAUACAUGUACCCAUAUGGCAUUGCGGCAGGUGACAGCCAACUUGGAGCAGCGUCUUGGGAAAAACCAGAAAAACUUAAACUGAAGAAGAAAUUCCCAUUCUUUGGAGAGAAGCAAAAGAAACUUUAUGUGAGUGUCCACGGCUAUGCAAGCUUUAGUAAGAACACUGAGAAAUACAGACCGCAAGAUUUUCCCAUAGGCAAUGUCAAAACCAUUGCCCCUUUCUGGACUGCUCAGGAUUACGCAAAACCAUGGGAAGAACUGGUUGAGUCCAAUCUGAUUAACCCAAAUUAUGAGAUUUAUGAUUAUGUUCAGUAUUCUCUGACACACGGAGAACAAGGGAGGGUGUUCUACCAGCAGUAUUACCGUUACGAUAAUGGCGUCACCAAUUCUACUCUCGCUGUACUGGAGGCUCUUGGGAAUGAAGUGUCGAAUUAUAGCGAAACUCAAUUCCAGGCUAACCUUGCUGUAAUUAUUACAUGGAGCAAGGUUACACCCGAACCUUAUUGGUUCUUCUCAGAGUUAUUGGAUGCUACCUACCAAUUGAUCUUAGUAUCUGAUCUUCUCAAAUCAUAUGCCUUGAUCACCUACGGCACACUUAACUACAUCCCCGAGUACAACGAUUACAGAAAGACUUAUGCUGGAUUUACAGCAGGUGACGGGUUGAACUUUUACAAUCCAUUCUUCUCGGGCUCCGAACUCAUGUUCUUCCUAGAUGCAUUUGAAGGCAAUACUGGUGAAGUUGGCAAAUGGUUCAUUCCCCUAUCAACUGACAAUGAAGCUACUGAAAACUACGACCAGAAAUGUUUUGAUUGGAUUAACAAACAAGACAGAGUGGCUAUUAUCCAAGCGGAAUGGGCAUUGCCUGACUGUCCUUGUAGCAAACGUCAAGCCAGAAGGGACUUUCGCUUUCGAAGAGCAAGUCGAAAUCAGAAGAAAACUUGCUUUGUGACAUCAUUCUCGAGCGUUGCUGGAGCUGGAAGGGGCUGCUGUUACUGGAAUGACGAUAACUCACUUAUCAUCGACGAGCAAAAUGCAGGAUUCCUGCAGCUAUACCAUGAGAAGAUCUACCCAAAUGAGCACCAGAGAGAGGACAGUUUACCAUUCACCUGGUGCUGUGAGCUAUCUGAUAUGUGUGAAUACUUUAUAGCUGCCCGACCAAUAUCAACUUGUCAGUUCUGGUUCCCAUUAUCAGUGUCAACUUCCAAGGGAGAUCCUCACAUUACAACCAUAGACGGUCAUGUAUACACGUUCAAUGGUCUAGGAGAGUAUACUCUGUUAGACACUGGGGCAUUCAUCCUACAAGGACGCACCACUUUGGCUCCUUCACGUGUUGAAUCAAACAUCACUGCAACAAUGUGGAGUGCAUUCGCAGCGAAAGAAACAUUUUCCGAUCGAAUACAUGUACAACUUACUCAGGAUAAAACAGGAUUAGAGGUGUAUGUGAACUUAGAUCAGAUCCCAGUGGGAGAUCUGGUUAACUCUGUCACUGGAGACGAGGGAAGUUUCACAAGAGUCUUUUUGGAAAUGGAAAGUUCCACUAGUCUAACAGCUUCAUUUGCCUCAGGUUUUUCUGUGACUGUCAGCGCCAGUGCUGGAAUGUUACAGCUCUCUGUAAGUGUUGCAGCUGGAGCCCAAACAACUGGACUACUAGGAGUUAUGAAUGGAAACACAACUGAUGAUUUCACUCGUCCGGAUGGUUCAGUAUUACCAAUCACCUCAAAUGAUGAAGAGUUGUAUUACGGAUUUGGACAGUUGUGGCAAGUUACCAGUAACAAUACAAUAUUUCGCUAUGUCAGUGGCCAAACAAUAGACACGUUUAAGAACACAGACUUCCGUCCAACCUUUCUCACAGACUUCAGUGCUGAAUUACAAGCAGAGGCCCUCGUAGUUUGUGGAUCGGCAGAUGCCCGUGAAUGCAUUUAUGACUACAUGGCAACUGGUGAUCCAAAGAUCGCGAACAAUACAAAGGCAGUUGGUGAAACUGAAAAGGCUGAUGCCCAAGUCCUCGCAAAUACAGUACCAAGUCUUAUCGUACCUACUAUGAUCAAUGCCACUGUUGGGCAGAUGUUUGACUUCACUGUUGUGGCCAAUGACACUGAUGCUGUUACUAUUAUGCUCGUGAAUUCGAUCACUGGGUCUACAUUAAACAGCUCAUCUGGUUACUUCACUUGGACACCAUUAGAUACCAGUUCUGUCACAUUAAGUUUUGUUGGUGAGGACACGCAGGGUGCCAGGUCCCCCACAUACACAGUGCAGGUGAAUCUAUGCAGUGGGUGUAGCAGUCAGGGAAGUUGUGAUUUCUUCACUACAGGGGAAAGCAGCAAUGAUACCAGCCACUUCUCCAUUGUAGACUGCAACUGUAACACAGGAUGGGAAGGUGAUAACUGUAACGUUGACAUUGACGGAUGUGCAAGGGAUCCAUGCAAUGGUAUGAACUGCACAGAUCUCAGUCCAGCCGAGGAAGUAGCUCAGAUGGUCAGUUUCCGAUGUGCAAACUGUUCAACUGGCUUCACUCAACAGGGGUCGUUUUGCGUUGAUAUUGACGAGUGCACCAACAGCAGCAUUUGUGAGCAGAAUUGUGUCAACUCUCAAGGAAGUUAUAGCUGCUCAUGUAACACUGGCUACACUAAACCCAACCCACAAGCUAGGACCUGUCAAGAUGUCGACGAGUGCGCUUUAGGGACGCAUACAUGUAGCCAGCUGUGUACCAAUCUACCCGGUAACUUCUCAUGCAGCUGUAGAGCAGGAUACAUCCAAACCCCCAAUGACACGAACAGCUGUGUCGUAGACCAGUCACAGCUGCAGUGUACUAAACAGUGUCAGUUUGGUUGUGAGGUCAUCAAUGGCACUGACACGUGUUUCUGUGGGCAGGGAUAUACGCUAGCUCUUGACAACACCACUUGUGAUGACGUCAAUGAAUGUGAAGGAGUGAAUCAAUGUGAGGGCACGUGUUCUAACUUCGCAGGUGGAUACAACUGCUCGUGUGCUGCUGGAUUCUCUCUAGCUACAGACGGGUUUAAAUGCACAGCUUGUGAUGCUUUGCAUUGGGGCAUGGCGUGCGCAAAUAUGUGUUCUUGCGGAGGCCGUGCAUCUAGAUGUGACUCAGUCCUUGGAUGUACAGACUGCCUGCCAGGAUGGACUGGGGAACAGUGUAUGGACAAUAUAAACGAAUGCAACAAAACUGAGGGCAUUUGUGGGCAAUAUUCUACAUGUGUGGACACACAGGGGUCGUACGUUUGUAAUUGUCUGCCUGGUUUUGCCAAAAAUUCAUCGGGAGUAUGCAUCGAUUGUGAUGAGUGUAUUGAGAUAGCCCCUUGUGGAGACAACACUGUGUGUACCAACAGUCCAGGCUCAUACAACUGCAGCUGUAUGUCAGGCUACACCAACAUUAAUGAGACAUGCGUGGAUGUAAAUGAAUGUCUGGACACACCUUGUCAUAUGAACGCAAGGUGCUCUAAUAAACCAGGUUCUUAUAUCUGUACGUGCGAGAAUGGGUUCAGUGGUAAUGGAACACACUGCAGCGACAUAAAUGAAUGCGUAGAAUCAUCUCCUUGUAGUAGCAACGCAAACUGCACCAAUAUCAUUGGAUCUUAUAACUGCACCUGUUUGCCUCCUUACCUUGGUGAUGGUAUCGUGUGUACUGCACCAUCGACUGAAGCACCAACAACUUCAACUGCAGCAGAAACAACUUCAACAUCAGCGCCAACAGCUUCAGCUGCAGCGCCAACAACUUCAACACCAGCGCCAACAACUUCAACACCAGCGCCAACAACUUCAACUGCAGCAGCAACAACUUCAACUGCAGCGCAAACAACUUCAACUGCAGCACCAACAACUUCAACUGCAGCAGGAAAAACUUCAACUGCAGCACCAACAACUUCAACUGCAGCAGGAACAACUUCAACUGCAGCGCCAACAACUUCAACACCAGCGCCAACAACUUCAACUGCAGCGCUAACAACUUCAACACCAGCGCUAACAACUUCAACUCCAGCGCUAACAACUUCAACACCAGCGCCAACAACUUCAACUGCAGCACCAACAACUUCAACACCAAGCCCAACAACUUCAACUGCAGCAGCAACAACUUCAACUGCAGCACCAACAACUUCAACUCCAGCGCCAACAACUUCAACUCCAGCGCUAACAACUUCAACUCCAGCGCUAACAACUUCAACACCAGCGCUAACAACUUCAACUCCAGUGCCAACAACUUCAACUGCAGCACCAACAACUUCAACACCAAGCCCAACAACUUCAACUGCAGCAGCAACAACUUCAACUGCAGCACCAACAACUUCAACACCAGCGCCAACAACUUCAACUGCAGCACCAACAACUUCAACUGCAGCAGGAACAACUUCAACAUCAGUGCUAACAACUUCAACACCAGCGCCAACAACUUCAACACCAGCGCCAACAACUUCGACCGCAGCAGCAACAACUUCAAGACCAGCGCCAACAACUUCAACUGCAGCGCCAACAACUUCAACACCAGCGCCAACAACUUCAACUGAAGCAGCAACAACUUCAGGAAAUGCUGACAGAGACUAUUACAGUAGGUACAAUCUUGUGCUGGAGGGUUUAACUUGGAGUGAUAGCAAGAAUGACCUCAAUGACCCCGAAACAAAACAGCUGAAGGAGGAUAUAGAACAAGUGCUUUUAGCAGUAUAUAAAUCACUGGACCCCAGUAGGGUUAUAGUAGCAGUCAGAGUCCUGAGAUUCUUCCGUGGAAGUGUUGCCUUUACCCAUGAAGUAGAAUAUGAAAGCCCCAUAACUGACACAGAUGCAGUUACGACAGCUGUACUACUGAAACAAGAGAUAUCACAGAACAAUGGUGUGUUAUCAGACCAGGGAACACAGAUAUCAUUGACAGAAGAUGUUGCCAUAGUAACCACAGACAAUGAUGGUACUGAAGUUGCUGUGCCUAUUGCUGAUGCAUGUUCCGUGUAUACCGCCCAAGAGACAUGUGGCAGUGGGGAAUGUGUAAUCAACAGUAAACCAACUUGCAGUUGUACUUGGAUAACCGAAGGUGAAUUCUGUGAGAAAUCAAAACAGCCUUUGAUCAUAACAGGAGUUGCAUGUGGUCUGGCAGGUUUGGUGUUCAUCAUAGCAGUGAUAAUAGCAGUCAUCUAUAGAAGACGUGUUAUCCAUAAGAGACGUGAGGAGAUCAUGGAGGAACAAUUCAUAAAACAGAAUAAAGACAAAUUAUACAGAAGUCCACCACCAACAGCACAUCACAAGUAUUUUCCAUCUUCAUAUGAGGAGAGUGGUCACGGAUCAAUGUUUGGAUAUACAAAUACAGUUGACCCUAUAUAUGAUGCCAUUCCACCACCAAGUGUUGAUGUGGCCAGACCAAGAAGUGCACCAAAAGUAGAUUUCACAUGGAAGAAAACUAGUAAUGUUUCAAAAAUCAAAAACUUUAACCGAGUUCCCUCAGCUACAGUGAAAUCUUUGCAGUCCCUGUCUACUGAUUCAAGUGCGUCAGAUGAGUUCAGGACUUAUUACAAAUAGAACAGUCUAGAAAAACAGUGUCAUAUAUGACAUGUACCCGUGAUUCCAAGGAUUUCAUAAUAUUUAAUUUAUAUUUAAGAACUGUUAAUUAUUGAUUAUUUGGACUUAUUUAACUCUUUUUACAUGUAUAUUAUAUUUUUGAAAAAUUGUACACAGCCAAUCUCAAACAGUACUAUACGGUACCGUUUUGGCUACAGUACUGUACAGUACCGUAAAUAUGGUUCCGUACAAUACCAUAGACUAAAACAGUACAGU